AUGUUAGCAGUGGGGGCGAUGGAGGGCACCCGGCAGAGUGCAUUCCUGCUCAGCAGUCCGCCCCUGGCCGCCCUGCACAGCAUGGCCGAGAUGAAGACCCCGCUGUACCCCGCCGCCUACCCCCCGUUGCCCACUGGCCCCCCUUCCUCCUCGUCCUCGUCUUCCUCGUCCUCGUCGCCCUCCCCGCCUUUGGGCGCCCACAACCCCAGCGGCCUGAAGCCCCCAGCCGCAGGGGGGCUCUCGUCCCUGGGCAGUCCCCCGCAGCAGCUCUCGGCCGCCACCCCACACGGCAUCAACGACAUCCUGAGCCGACCCUCCAUGCCGGUGGCCUCUGGAGCCGCCCUGCCCUCAGCCUCUCCCUCUGGUUCCUCCUCCUCAUCUUCCUCGUCAGCUUCUGCUUCCUCCGCCUCUGCGGCGGCUGCCGCUGCUGCUGCGGCCGCGGCAGCUGCCUCAUCCCCGGCUGGGCUGCUGGCCGGCCUGCCCCGCUUCAGCAGCCUGAGCCCACCACCGCCGCCUCCUGGGCUCUACUUCAGCCCUAGUGCAGCAGCCGUGGCCGCGGUGGGCCGGUACCCCAAACCACUGGCCGAGCUGCCCGGCCGGACGCCCAUCUUCUGGCCAGGAGUGAUGCAGAGCCCGCCCUGGAGGGAUGCACGCCUGGCCUGUACCCCUCAUCAAGGAUCCAUUUUGUUGGACAAAGACGGGAAGAGAAAACACACGAGACCCACGUUCUCUGGCCAGCAGAUCUUUGCUCUGGAGAAGACCUUCGAACAAACGAAAUACUUGGCUGGGCCAGAGAGAGCUCGCUUGGCCUAUUCGCUGGGGAUGACGGAGAGUCAGGUCAAGGUCUGGUUCCAGAACCGCCGGACCAAGUGGAGGAAGAAGCACGCGGCCGAGAUGGCCACAGCCAAGAAGAAGCAGGACUCGGAGACCGAGCGGCUCAAGGGGGCCUCGGAGAACGAGGAAGAAGACGACGACUACAACAAGCCUCUGGACCCCAACUCAGACGACGAGAAAAUCACGCAGCUGCUGAAGAAGCACAAAUCCAGCAGCGGCGGCGGCGGCCUCCUGCUGCACGCGUCCGAGAACGAGGGCUCGUCCUGAGCGC